AUGGGAUCUUCAGAAAUAGCUCGGAAACAAAGAUACCUUGCGCAGAUCACCAGCCAUAAGGCGCGCUCUCAGUCUCACUUCAGCGUCCCGCGCGCCGAGCGGCUUUCUCCGGAGGGCGCGGGAGCUUCAGGAGCUUCAGGACACGCGAAGAGCUUCAUCACCAGAGACGAGGGACCGGUGACACCAGACCUGGCGCGCUUGUGUGAAGAAUGCGUCUCUCGUGUGCUUGUUCUGAAGGAGCAAGCCCUGCGACUGCUCAAGGACGGCCACUUUCCCCCCAGCGAUCCAAAACUCUCCAUCCUUCUGUAUGAGAGCUUGCGAGCGCCUGCUUGGAUUGGCCUUGCUGGUUGCUGUGACGUCUGCUUCACUCACCUGAGCCAGCUCAAGCGGGAGGCUAUCCACAUGCUCCUAAACCAAAACCGGACCAUCUGGCCCAAUUCUUCCCCUGCCAGCGUCUCACCCGGCUAUGAUGCCUUGGGUUCUCACACUCUGCCUAGAGCUAUCAGCCCUCGUUCUCCAAGCCCCAAUAAGCGUCAGAAGUUCAGCAACCCCAGGACGGAAACCUGGGUCAGAGAACAUGCACGAUUUGAGACCCUUUGGUGUACAAAUAAGGAAAUUCCACCUUUGGCCGACAUGGGUUCUCAGGAUGGACAGAAAAAGAAAAAAAAUGAUGAAGCCACAGUUCUCUGCCGCUUCACUGGUCCGUUGACGUUCAACACUUCCAAAGUUGCUGCAAUGCUCCCUGCUGGGACCUCUGCAGCUUUCUCUUUCCUUGUCAGGGCUGUCCAGAAGUUGCACUUGACUUCAAGAAGAAGAAAGCACUGCUCUGAAAAUGACUGCAAUCCCACAAACUUCCAUGGUGUUCUCCAGAAGGAUCCCCCUCCUGCACCUUUAAGCCUUUUACAGACUCACUGCAAGAGCAGAGAGUUACCAGACACAGCAAAGGUCAAAGUCAUGCUGAGGCUCAACCCGAUUGUGACGGCAGACACGUCUCAGUCCCAUGCCCUUACAGUGGACCUGCAUAAGAAGCAGGUCACAGUGAUGGAGCCUGCCACACAAAAUACACAGAGAUCAGCAGCAGGCGCAAAGUUCACUCCAAAGACAUUCACAUUUGAUGCUACUUUUGGCCCAGAGUCAUCCCAGGCUAAGGUCUGUGAGAAGAGUUUGUGUGAAGUUCUCCAGACUGUUAUUGCUGGAGCAGAUGGCUGCGUCCUAAGCUUUGGACAAACCAAAGUCGGGACAUCGUAUACAAUGAUCGGGCGUGAUGAUGGAACACCAAACCUAGGAAUCAUCCCUUGUGCCAUUUCUUGGCUUUUUAAACUCAUUAAGAAGAAGACAGACAAGACAUGGGCAAACAUCUCUGUGUCUGUGUCAGCUGUUGAGGUGUGCGGGGAGACGGAGGUCAUCAGGGAUUUACUGACUGGUUCUGAGACUGGUGAUCACGCCCAUAAGCCAAAUGUUUACCUCCAAGAAGAUCCUGUCUUUGGAAUACAGCUUUACAACAACAGGGUGGUAAGUGCUCCGACAGCAGAAAGAGCAGCCAGCCUAUUGGAUGCAGCCCUAGCAUCUCGCAACAUGGGCAUGGCAGGGUGCAGAGGGACGUGUACUCAUCACUGCCAUAUGUUCUACACUCUUUAUGUCUGCCAAAAACACAUAGAGAGCAGUCCCACAUCUGGGAUGCAUGUAGAACAAAGUAAGCUGAGCCUAAUUGAUUUAGGAAGCUGUACCAGACAGAGGACAAAGAACAGCACAGAAGUCUGUCUUCUUGACCUUGGCAAUAUUAUUAUGGCCAAGCUGAAUGGACACAAACAUGUCCCUAACAGGGGAAGUAGACUGUCCAUGCUCAUGCAAGAGUCUAUUGGAAAUGUCAACUGCCACACAACAAUUGUAGCCCAUGUCUCUGCCUCUCAAGAAGACCUGUCUGAAUCUCUCUGCACCAUUCAGAUUGUCUCACACAUUCGAAGAUUACAGAGGAUGAAAAAGCAAGGCUGCAACUCUCCUCGUACAAGAAGCUUGGGCAAAGAAAAAAAAGAGAACAACUCAUCUAAACUAAGAGCCUUUCGCUAUGCAGGUUCAUUGGAACACAAUUUGUCUUUGCCACACCUCUGUGAUGAUCUAGAAGACCACUCUGAGAGUGAUAAGUCAUGUGACACUGUGUUUUGUGUGGAUCCAAAGGGUGUCCUCCAUGACAAAGAUGUCAGAGGGAAUCACGAGUUUGUGCCAAUAAUUCCAUCUUUGCAAACAAACAAGGCAGACUUAAAAAACUCUUUCUACAUAAAACACAAUGACGGCUUACAGUCAAGUCAAAAUUUAAAUGAACUGAAAAAACUUCCUGUGCAACAAACUUCGAGUGUUCCUGAUUUGGAGUGUUUCAAGUGCAACACCUUUGCUGAACUACAGAAUCGACUGGGAUGUAUGAAUGAAAGUGAAAUGGUUGGACUGCAUUCUUGCACGACACAGCCUGCAAGUGCUGUUGUUAAAUCUGAACCUCUGUCAAGGAAAGGUGUAAAGAUGCUAGCGGAUGUAAAGAGUAAAUUAACAUAUAAAAAACAGGUUAACGUGCAGGAACAAGGACAACCUACUCAAAGAGAUGGGUUUAUAAAGGACAUUAAGAAAAUACCUUGUGCAUACUCUGGUCAAGACAGCUCCAUGCAGUACGAACGAGGCACUGAUUCCCAAGGCUUUAGUAAAACUAUGGACAUGACUCCUUCUGUAAUUUUUCCAGUGGAAGGCCCGUUAUCUGAUAAAUCUAGAUUGCCUAGCAAGGUUCGGAUACCUCCUGUAGGUAAAAGCUCAUCUUCACUUUCUACUCUAGGUUCUUCAGUUUCUUUCCCUAUUACUCGAUGUGAAGUUAUUCCCACAGAGAGACAAGGGGAGAAGGCAACAAUCACUGUAACGGUUCAGCAGCCACUAGAUUUGAAUGGACAAGAUGAACUUAUAUAUUCUGUGGUCAAAGAAGUAGAGGUCAGUGGCCCAGUAAGUAAUGGCAAGGCUGCCAAAAUAGCAAAUAUUGCUGACCUUGAUUCUCUUAAGAACUCUCCACUAGGUUCUCAGCCUGUGAAGAUCAUCGGCAGUGUUGGAAAGGAACAAGCUGCUACUGAUUCUGAAGUUAAGGCUUUAGGUGAAACUACUAAAACAUCAUUAGAUUUAUCUGCAGGAAAGACCAUUUCUAUGGGUCAAAAUGUGUGUAUUGUCAAAGCAAAGUCUAACAGUAACCACCUUCAACAUGAUGUUAGGUCAAAGGAGUCCGAGUCUAAGACUAUGACAGAAGUGGAAGAUUUGACAGAGGUGGAUAAAGUUGAUUUUGGCUCCGAUUUGCAAUAUGAGGCCUCAAGGUUCAGGGAGUAUGCAUGUGAGAUUGUAACUGAACAAGAUGAUGCUAAGAGAAACUGUAACCAAAGUAGUGGGCAGCUUUGUAGAGAGCUUGAAGACAAGGUUACACCAACAAAUCCGUCAACAUUAGAAGGUUUUCAGAAGAAACCAGAAGAAAAUCAAAUCAGCGGUUAUGACACAAGCAGUCUUACAAGAGCUUGGCUUGAAACUGGCAAACAGCCCUCCUGUAAGGACUAUGUUUAUCCCAGUACAACCUGGAAAGACGAGACUCCAUCUAGUCCAAAAGCAACACUAGAAAAAAAAAAUUAUGUUUCCAAACCAAGUCUGGUGGAAUGGGCAAAAUAUAGCAAGUCAAUGCCUUCAGUGCCAAGAUCAGAUAACAAUGGUUCCAAUAUGAUAAACAAAACACAGGUGCAACCUACUGUGACCCAGGCAGCCUCAAAGAAACAGCUCAAAACUACGAACCCCAGAUCUCCUAUUGAUGAGAGCACUAAGCUAUUUAGCGCAAAACUGGAACAGUUAACCAGCAGGAGCAGAUCCUUAGGCACAUCACAUGUAGAGUGUGUUGCUGUUGUACAGCCUAUUGAGCAAAGCAAUUCUGUGCAAACUCAGGGUACUUUAAGGAGUAUGGACGGCAACCAUACUUCACCAAGGGUCAACCGACGUCUUGAGAAGGAAAAUUGCUAUGAAUUGGGUUCUAAAAGCAGUUUAGAAGGACAGUAUGCAUCAGCUCAUGCCAAAAGCGCUGCCCAUCCUGGUUUGCUGACAGUUUUUGAAGCAGACCUUCUCAGUUUGUCUCAGACUAACCAUAGCCUUCGGAGAGUUCCAAGAUUUUUUCCACUUUAUGAUGUUGAUGAACGUGACAUUAAUCAUCCUUCCGAACACAGUCAGUUCAAUUUGUCAAGUGGAAGCAAGGUUUUGUCUAGCCCAGUGGUUCACAAGUUGUCAGGAAUUUCCCCCAAUUUAAGUGCAUCACCCAAAUCUAACAGACGCUCAUUAAAUAGAAGCUCAAGUCUGUCUCCUGAGGGAUUUUCUAGAAAACAAAUCUCAUGGUCAUCCCAGUCUUUAUCCCGAAAGCAGGUGAAAUCUUCUGUCUCCUCCAAAUAUCCAAGCAAACUACUGAAUGGACGGGUUGAGGUUCUUAGAGCGAGUGAGGACUCUCUCUCUAGCUCUAGCCAAGGUAGCUCAGACAUUGAUGAUCUUGAGGAGUCAAAAAGAAAAAUUAAACAGUUGAGCCACACUUUGCCUUCCCCAUACAGUAGGAUUACAGAGCCACGUAAACCAAAGCACUGCAGUGGGCAUGCCAGUGAUAACACAAGUGUUCUGAGUGGGGAGCUCCCUCCUGCCAUGUGUAAGACUGCGUUGAUGUACAACCGCAACAGUACGGUCAGCAGUGGAUAUGAAAGCCUGAAGAGGGAUGGUGAAACCACAUAUAGUAGUACUUCAAUACAUGACUCAAUCAGCGAUCAGAGCUGCUUCUACAGUACUCUGAAGGGUGUCAAGAUUUCCAAGAAAAGAAACAACAUAGGAUCCUAUCAAAGACAUCCAUCACAGGACACACUGUCAUCUUUAAGGAGAUCUGUGAGUGGGUCAAAAAUACGCUGGGUAGAUCGUGGGACCUCAGAUGCAUAUGAAAUUAAAGUUUAUGAGAUAGACAACGUGGAUAGUUUGCAGAGGAGAGGAAAGGCAGGGAACAAGAGUGUUGUCUGCUUCAGUGCCAAGCUGAAAUUCCUGGAGCAUCGGCAGGAAAGAAUUGCAGAGAUGAGGGCCAAGUACAACACCCUCAAGCGAGAGCUGGAACUAGCCAAACAGCAUCUGAUGGUGGAUCCAGAGAAAUGGACCCAUGAAUUUGACCUCUGGCAGACAUUUGAAGUAGAUUCUUUGGAGCACUUAGAGGCCCUUGAGCUGGUGACGCAGCGCCUGGAAUGGCAAGUCUUCCACUGCAAGGCACAUGUCAUGAUGGUAACCAGCUUUGACUCUUCACCAAAGCGAAGACAGAAGAAGAAGUACCGUCCACCUGUCGAUUAUAUAGGGUUUAUAGGAAUAUAGCAUAUCUAGAGUUUUAAUUUAUGUUACCUUUUACUUUAAAUGAUGUGCAUACAAAAUGCUAGUUGCUGUAACAACUCUGCACUGAAACCACCAGGUAAGAAGGAUACUGCCUUCUAUUUCAAGGACCUUUCAGAGAACUUUGUGUAAUGAUUUAUCAUGUAUUUGCAAUAAAUACCUGUACCUGUCUCAGAUAGCCAUCUUUAUCUUAAACCUUCUCUUCAAGGUAAUAACUGAACCAGAGAUUAAACCUCUAUGUCGAUUGAUUUGUAUUUCUACUAACCGGCCGCAAUAAUCUCACUUCUUGGUGUGCCCUGGUAGGUGCUCAGAGAUCAUCACACUCAAAUCACUAGAACUUGCUGAAGGUGCAUGCAAACAUCAAAGUCUGGAGCAGUCCUUCUUUAAUUUACAGUCAGUGGUACGAACUGCUUCUUAUAGAGAUGUCACAGUGGUUGGCCUCCAGCCCAUCUAUAGGCCACUGUGAUGAGGUCCACCACACAUCAAAGGAGUACUUAUUGCAUGUAACUCACUAAGACUUCGAGCCAAAUUGUUGCCAGGAUAAACUGAGAAAAGCAACAUUUUAAUUUAUCAUGCAAUCAUUAAUGUUCAUGGCCUCUCCCUUUUUUUAGAGAACCCAAAGAGGUUCCUUCUGUGGUGCUGAGGGGCCAUACAUUGCUUGGGAUUGCUUGGGAUGGGCUACUACAAAAGGCCAUGAAAGCAUGUCUUGUGUUUAAUAGCUAUUCCUGGACUGCUUAGUCACAGACAGUGAUUUAAUACUUGGGACAGAUCCAUGCCAAAUUGGAACAGCAGAUCUGCUCAGGAAGGAAGAUGUCAGGCUCUUCUGACCGCUAGCAAGAGAAAUAGUGGGAUCCAAGGUCUUGCUAAGUUCUUUACAAAAUAAAAAGAAUCAACAGUAAGGGAAAAUGACACAUAUGAGAAGGUUGCAUCCUAUACCAGGAGGCUAUUCAGUUUUUCUAUUGAAAACCCCAAUCUGAUGUGGUUAUUUUACUUUAUUUGGUAUUUUAAGUGGUCCACCUAUAUCUUACCAAACCUUUCUCGAUCUGGGAUACUAUUCUGGGUUCAGACAUUAUGCUCCUGGACAGUGUAUGUACUGCUUCCUUGUACUGGCAAAUU